CGUGUCAGCCGGCGCAGCUCGGCUUGAACUGCGUAAGCUGCAGCACGUGUUUUCCAGUAAACAAUGUCGCAGUGGUGAGCGCCGACGUGAGAAUUAGCCGUUUUUUGAAGCUCAACUUCCCGGCAAACUUGAACUGUAGGUUCUCGAGCCUUCGUAAUUUUUUUUUUCCUAUGCGCGGUGCAUGUACGAGUAGAUUGCCCUAGUCGCCGUCAGAAAGCAGCGUCAUCCACUGCAUUGCCAUGGAGACCACCCCAAAGCGCUGGUCUGCACAGCUCGUUCUGGAAGAUGGGUCUACGUAUUCGGGUGUCGCGUUUGGAAAUCCUAGGUGCAUUUCCGGGGAAGUUGUGUUCCAGACAGGCAUGGUGGGCUAUGUGGAAUCUCUGACCGAUCCCUCGUACUGCCGGCAGAUUCUUGUGUUGACAUAUCCACUGAUUGGCAACUAUGGUGUUCCCAACACCGAGAAGGACGUGCAUGGCAUUCCCAUCAACUUCGAGUCGCACAAGAUUUGGGCGGCUGGCCUGGUCGUGGGCGAGUGUGUGGACAAGUACAGCCACUGGAGUGCCCGUCAGUCCCUCUCUGACUGGCUUCACUCUGCCGCUGUGCCAGGAAUCUCGGGAAUAGACACUCGGGAACUGACCAAGAAGAUUCGGGAAAAGGGCACCAUGCUUGGAAAGAUUAUAAUAGAAGGCAUGGAGCACACUUCCCUGCAGUUUGAAAACCCAAAUUUGCUGAACCUUGUCAAGGAAGUCUCUCUCAAGGAACCCGUUGUGUACAAUAAAGGAGGCAAGCCAUCGAUCACCGUGGUGGACUGCGGCAUGAAGUACAACCAGCUGCGCUGUCUCAUAUCUCGGGGAGCUCGGGUCACAGUAGUGCCCUGGGACCAUCCUGUGGACCCCAAGGAUUGUGAUGGUCUGUUCGUGAGCAACGGUCCGGGAGACCCGACACAGUGUGCUGCGACAGUCAAGAUGCUGCAGACGUUCCUUGAAUGCAGCGACCCCGCCAAACUGAAGCCUGUCUUCGGCAUCUGUCUAGGACACCAGCUGAUGUGCCUUGCUAUAGGUGCCACCACAUACAAGAUGAAAUACGGCAACCGUGGCCACAACCAGCCCUGCCUCUUUAGCGAUUCUGGUCGCUGCUGCAUAACCACACAGAAUCAUGGCUACGCCGUGGAAGCAUCAACACUUCCCUCGGAGUGGUCGGCACUUUUCACCAAUGCCAAUGACCGCACUAAUGAAGGCAUUGUCCACAGGAAACUACCAUUCUUCAGUGUGCAGUUUCAUCCGGAGCACAUGGCUGGUCCGGCUGACCUGGAGUUUCUGUUUGACGUCUUCCUUGACUCCGUAAAGGACUCCGUUGCCAGCAAAACUUGCUACCCCAUCGAGGAACGCAUCUCGGCCAAGUUUGCAGCGCUCGCACCACCCCCCGCCCUUGGCUCCAAGCGACCCCGCAAGGUUCUCAUUCUCGGAUCAGGGGGACUGUCCAUUGGCCAGGCUGGAGAGUUUGACUACUCAGGCUCUCAGGCCAUCAAGGCAUUGAAGGAAGAAAAGAUCCAAACAAUCCUGAUCAACCCCAAUAUAGCAACAGUGCAGACAUCACCAGGGCUUGCGGACAAGGUGUACUUCCUGCCCAUCACACCCUACUACGUCGGUGAGGUGAUCAAGUCCGAAAGACCCGACGGCAUUCUGCUCACAUUUGGCGGUCAGACAGCGCUCAACUGCGGCGUGGAGCUACAGAAGAACGGCACGCUAGACCGCUAUGGUGUGGCCGUUCUGGGCACACCCAUCGAGUCCAUCAUCAACUCUGAGGACCGCAAGCUCUUUGCCGAACUGGUCGAGGAAAUCGGCGAGCAGGUCGUGCCCAACUGUGCUGUCUACACUGUGGAGGAGGCCCUGACGGCAGCUGAGAAGCUGGGCUUUCCAAUCCUGGUGCGCGGUGCCUUCUGCCUUGGCGGCCUGGGCUCGGGUUUCGCACACAACCAGGACGAGCUGCGUGCCCUAGUGACGCAAGCACUUGUCCGCUCCAGCCAGGUCCUGCUGGACAGGAGCCUGAAGGGCUGGAAGGAAGUGGAGUAUGAGGUGGUCCGAGACGCCUACGACAACUGCAUCACGGUGUGCAACAUGGAGAACCUGGACCCACUGGGCAUUCACACGGGCGAGUCCAUUGUGGUGGCGCCCAGCCAGACGCUGACCAACGAGGAGUACAACAGGCUCCGCACCACUGCCAUCCGCGUCGUUCGUCGCCUGGGCAUCGUUGGCGAGUGCAACGUCCAGUACGCCCUCAGCCCCCACUCGUUCGAGUAUUACAUCGUGGAGGUGAACGCCCGGUUGUCACGGAGCUCGGCGCUGGCAAGUAAGGCGACGGGCUACCCGCUGGCCUACAUUGCAGCCAAACUGGCAUUGGGCAUCUCGCUGCCCUCGCUUCGCAACACAGUCACCUGCCAGACCACGGCCUGCUUCGAGCCCAGCCUCGACUACUGUGUGGUCAAGAUGCCACGCUGGGACCUUGGCAAGUUCCCGCAUGUCAGCAACAAGAUUGGCAGCUCAAUGAAAAGUGUGGGUGAAGUAAUGUCCAUAGGACGAUCUUUCGAGGAGGCCUUCCAGAAGGCAAUCCGGAUGGUAGAUGAACUUGUCUCUGGCUUGGACCCUUACCUCAAGCCUGUGAGCGACCGGGAGCUGGCAUGCCCCACAGACAAGCGCAUGUUCCACCUCGCAUCGGCCAUCAAAGCAGGCUACACACUGAAGCAACUCAACGAACUCACUCAGAUUGACCCCUGGUUCCUCAGCAAGAUCAUCAACAUCAUCGAGUACCACACCUUCCUGGAGGGCCUUCACAGCAAGCCUGCUCUACUCACGUACGACGUUCUCCUGCGAGCCAAGCAGCUUGGCUUCUCGGACAAGCAGAUCGCCCAGUGCGUGGGCAGCACAGAGCUUGUAGUCCGCAAGACCCGCCAGGAACUGGGUGUGGUGCCUCGAGUAAAGCAGGUGGACACAGUUGCUGCCGAGUGGCCUGCCGCCACCAACUACCUUUACCUGACAUACAACGCUGGAGGGGAUGACCUGCAAUUUGAGCCACGGAGUGCAAUCAUGGUGCUGGGCUCCGGUGUUUACCGCAUUGGCAGCUCAGUCGAGUUCGACUGGUGUGCCGUCAGCUGUGUCCAGGAGCUCCGCAAGCUUGGCAAGGCAACCAUCAUGGUUAACUGCAACCCCGAAACGGUCAGCACAGACUACGACAUGUGUGACCGCCUAUACUUUGAUGAAAUCAGCUUUGAGACCGUGAUGGACAUUUACUGCCUGGAGCAACCCGAGGGCAUUAUUCUGAACAUGGGGGGCCAGCUGCCCAACAACAUUGCCAUGGAUCUGUACAGGCAAAAGGCACGCAUCCUGGGCACGUCUCCGGAGUCGAUUGACUGUGCCGAAAACCGUUUCAAGUUCUCCCGCAUGCUGGAUUCCAUUGGCAUCUCCCAACCACAGUGGAAGGAGCUCACCAACUUAGAGAAUAUCAAGUCAUUCUGCGAGGAGGUUGGCUACCCGUGCCUGGUGCGCCCCAGCUAUGUGCUGAGUGGAGCAGCCAUGAAUGUGGCCUACUCCCAUCGCGACCUCGAGGGUUAUCUCAAUGAGGCCAGUGCUGUCUCCAAGGAGCACCCCGUGGUUAUCUCCAAGUUCAUCUGUGAAGCCAAGGAAAUCGACGUGGAUGCUGUGGCCAAGGACGGUGUUCUGGUAGCCAUGGCAGUCUCUGAGCAUGUCGAGAAUGCCGGUGUGCAUUCUGGAGACGCUACGCUCGUGACUCCACCUCAGGAUCUGAACUCUGAGACCCUCGCCAAGAUCCGCUCUAUUUGCCAGGCCAUUGGCGAGGCACUCAUUGUCAGCGGACCAUACAACAUGCAGCUCAUUGCGAAGGACAACCAGCUGAGGGUGAUUGAGUGCAACCUGCGUGUUUCCCGCUCCUUCCCUUUCGUCUCCAAGACACUAAACUGCGACUUCGUCGCACUGGCCACCCAAGUUAUCCUUGGACUCCCUGUCGAAUUUCGUGAUGUCACCUUCGGCAUUGCCCGGGUUGGGGUCAAGGUGCCCCAGUUCUCGUAUUCCCGGCUGGCAGGUGCCGACAUCCGUCUCGGCGUGGAGAUGGCCUCGACGGGAGAGGUGGCCUGCUUCGGAGAGAACAGAUAUGAGGCUUAUCUCAAGGCCCUGCUUAGCACUGGAUUCUGCAUUCCUGAGAAGAAGAUAUUCCUCUCCAUCGGGAGUUACAAGCACAAAGCUGAGUUCCUGCCCAGCGUCCGAACAUUGGAGAAGAUGGGCUUCCAAUUAUAUGGCAGCCUUGGCACCUCGGACUUCUAUAUGGAGCACGGCAUCAAGAUUGAGCCAAUGACAUGGCCUUUCCACGACCAUGACAUUGACGAGGACACGGUGAAUGGAGGGUCGGACGGUGGCAACCAGUGUGUCUCACAGCAGGCGCAGUUGAGCAUCGCGGACUUCUUGGAACAGAAAGAGUUCGACCUGGUGGUGAACCUGCCCAUGUGCAGCAGCGGGGCCCGCCGCAUCUCAACCAUGUUCACCCAGGGCUACCGGACACGCCGCAUGGCCGUCGACUACGCCGUGCCCCUCGUCACGGAUGUCAAGUGCGCCAAGCUACUUGUGGAGGCUCUGCGGCUGAUUCGCAAAGCACCGCCCGUCAAGACGCACAUUGACUGCCUCACCUCACGCAACAUUGUGCGCCUUCCGGGUCUCAUUGACGUGCACGUCCACAUGCGGGAGCCGGGUGCGACAGAAAAGGAGGACUAUGCCUCCGGCACAGCGGCUGCCCUGGCUGGUGGCUUCACAAUAGUCUGUGCCAUGCCGAACACCCGACCGCCACUCUGUGAUGCCGAUUCUCUUGCUGUCUGCCAGCAGGCGGCCAAGGCUGGUGCUCGAUGCGACUAUGCCCUAUUUGCGGGUGCCAACCAGACAAAUGCCGAGAGCGUGGUGUCACUGGCACCAUCGGUUGUUGGUCUCAAGAUGUAUCUCAACGACACAUAUGGACCCCUCUGCAUGGAUACGGUUUCGGAUUGGCUCAAGCACUUCGAGAAGUGGCCGAGGCACAUGCCGCUGUGUUGUCAUGCCGAGGGCCCCAGGACGGCAGCUGUCAUACUGCUGGCCAGCCUUCAGCAGCGGCCCGUGCACAUCUGCCAUGUCGCCAGGGAGGAAGAGAUAGCUAUAAUCAAGGCUGCCAAGGCACAGGGGCAUGCGGUGACCUGCGAGGUGACGCCACACCAUUUGUUCCUCACCAUUGAUGACAUCGACCGGCUUGGCCCAAAUGUGGCCAAGGUCAAGCCACCGCUGAUGACAGCCAAGGACCAGAAGGCGCUCUGGGACAACAUUGACAUCAUUGACUGCAUUGCCACUGACCAUGCACCUCACACCUAUGAUGAAAAGACCCAGCCCAAUGCACCGCCUGGCUUCCCAGGGCUCGAGACAUCACUGCCACUCAUGCUCACAGCCGUGGCAGAAGGGAAGAUAACCAUGGAGGCCCUGAUCAAGAAGAUGUACAACAACCCAAGGCAUAUCUUCAACCUUCCGGCCCAGCCAGACACUUACAUAGAGGUCGACCUAGAUGAGGAAUGGACAAUACCUGAAGCUCCAGCGUAUAGUCGCGCUGGCUGGACGCCCUUUGCCGGGCGCAAGGUUCGCGGCCAAGUUCGUCGAGUGGUCAUCCGGGGUGAAGUGGUCUUCGUCGAUGGUCAGGUCCUUGUGGACCCUGGCUUUGGGCAAGAUGUCAUGGCCACCUCGGAUCUCGAGCGUAGCACAAGCAUGACGAGUCUGACGCAUGCACCGCCUGAAAAGGGAAGCUCUAGUGUUUCCGAGACGUUUGGUGUCACAGGCCCUGCAGCAGGAAAGCCGGGCCACUGGCGAAACUCUGUCAAAUCUUUGACCACAGAAAUGUACAACAAGAUGUUUCAAGAGUUGGGCCUCCCGGAUAGACUGCUGGUGCCAACCGGCAUGGCGGCGACAGCGAGCUCGUCCGAUGAAGCGGCACCUGGGACACGACUGGGCACGGCAUCUGCACAAGGUGCAGCCCUGCGUAGCGUCAGUCCACUUACGAGCGCUUCUGGUGGGGCCACGGCAGGGGGCACGGUGUCCCAGUUGUGGAGCCUUCCAGACAUCCCUAACGCGCUGCAGGGAAGACACAUCCUGACUGCCGACAUGUUUACGAAAGACCAGAUGCACUCACUGUUCAACUUGGCACAUGCUUUCAGUGUCUUUGUGCAGAAGGACCGGCCCCUCGACCAUGUGCUCAAGGGCAAGGUGAUGGCCUCGGUUUUCUACGAGGUGAGCACACGGACGUCGUGCAGCUUUGCCGCUGCCAUGCAACGGCUCGGAGGCUCGGUCAUCCACAUGGACCAGGCCACGUCGUCGACGCAGAAGGGCGAGACUCUUGAAGAUAGCAUCACCAUCAUGUCCAAUUACAGCGACGUGGUUGUGCUGAGGCAUCCACAGCCUGGAGCUGUUAUGCGGGCCUCAAAGCAUUGCCGCAAGCCUGUGAUCAACGCCGGCGAUGGCAUCGGCGAGCACCCCACGCAGGCUCUUCUCGAUGUCUACACCAUCCGCGAGGAGAUCGGCACAGUCAACAACCUGACGGUGACACUCGUGGGUGACUUGAAGCAUGGCCGCACAGUGCAUUCCCUGGCACGGCUGCUGACUCACUACAACGUUCAGCUGCGCUAUGUGGCCCCAGCUAACCUGGGCAUGCCUCAGUCGGUGCGUGAUGUCGUGGCUGCACAGGGAAUCACUCAGGAGGACAUGGAGAGCCUGGAAGCAGCGUUGCCAGAUACGGACGUGCUGUACAUGACCAGGAUUCAGAAGGAACGUUUCAGCAGCGUGGAGGAGUACGAGAGGGCUUGUGGCCUCUUUGUGGUGACACCUCAGCUGAUGACGAAGGCCAAGAGACGCAUGAUUGUUAUGCAUCCCCUGCCACGGGUCUUUGAAAUCAGUCCGGAGUUUGACACAGACCCUCGAGCAGCAUACUUCCGGCAGGCCGAGGCCGGAAUGUACAUCCGCAUGGCACUCUUGGCGAUGGUUCUGGGACGAGUAUGAGAGCACCUGAAUCCACGGCGUUCCGCAGCGAUCUCAACAAGUCACUGGCUUUGCUCCUUCGCUGUGUCUCCUUUUUUUUUUUUUUAACGGUUUUCAUUUCACGGCCGUCUCAUUGUGAUAAUGGCUGAACAUGGUACUUUUCAUUGUGGACAAAAGAAAACGGUGCCUUGUGAAUGUUAGAGUCAACUUUCAGGUUGGCACAACCAAUUUGGUGACCUUUUCACAAUGUGUGUGUGUGCGCGUAGCACGUUCCUCUAGUGACGCUGUUGCAAUGGCUGUAAAGGUCCGUGCAUACCAUUAUGGUUCUUUGUUUUCUGUACCAACAGAAAUAUUUUUUGUGUAGAGCUGGGCAUCUGACCAUGUAUAAUCGCAAUGUCAUUGCUUGCAUCUGAACUCCUUCAUUGCGAUAUUUACUAAGCAGGUUCAGCUGGAAGGCCUUUACAGUCACCAAAUAGUUGGUUUUUAAUCUGCGUUGUGACCCCAGGUGCAGCAUGUCGUACGGGUGCAAUCGUCUUGAAGGUGCCAAGAACUUCAUUAGCUUUGCUGCUGUCAUUGCAAAGUACUGACCUGAGACACCUGAAGCCAGCAAGGAGAUUCCCAUGCUGCUUUUCUUUGAUGACUGAACAGGCCAUGUUGUAUGAUUUCACUGUUUGCUUGUUAUUAUUCUGAGAUUACGGAUGCAUAUUUCGUGACAAUUAUUUGUUCUAAUUCUGCCCCACGUGUGAAUGUUAAGGUAUUUGCCUAUAGGAGCUAUGCCUAUGUAUGGAUUUGGUAUCGUGACACAAUAUUUUCAUAUUUGAUAGUAGACGGACAUUUGUGCUACCUUGGACAUUAAUUACCUUGUUGAUGUUUCUUGUUGCCAGGAGUAUACAUACUGUUCUUUUUUUCUUUCUUUUUCUGUUUCCUUCUUCUUUCCGUGUCAUAUUCAACAGUGUGUCAGGUUUUCACAGCAUAUGAUAUGCCAGUUUUGGCGGUGUUUUUUGUGCAAACCACAGAAACAUUCCUCAUGUUGACGUUGUGAAAUAUUUUUUUUUUUUUUUUUUACAUUUACAAAUAUUCGUUGAUCUGCUGGGAGUAUUACCCACUCCAAGUGCUGCUUGUGUCGGGCGGGAAACUUUGCUGUUCUUGACGAGAACCCUACAAUCAAAUGGAAUAAAUCUACUUUUGCAAAUCUUCA